CCCCGAAUCCGCUAGACCUCGAUGCAUCUGCAAUAACCACAGCAAACAGCAUCCAGGAGCUCACGGUGACGUUGCGGGCCGCCGUCUCUGCAGCGCACCCAGGAUCAAUCCUCACACCCCCAUCCCGUUCACUGCUGGCGGCCACCGUGCAAAGGCUGUUACCGCACGACGUCACCACGUCAGCGUGCAGUGUCCUUGACGUGGCGCGGCUUCUAGAGGUGUACGUUGCCGUAUCCCACGAAGUGUCUGGCGCUGAUGUCGCUGAUGCAUGCGACAACAUGCCGCCGCGCUUGGUUGCCUCCGUACUGGCGCACGUUUGUUCCCUUUCCGCGGUCCCCGGGAGCGCGGCAGGGAGAGCAGCAGCGGCGGCAGUGCACUCCACCUCAGCUCGCGACCUGGCGGAUUUGUUGUGGGUGCUGUCGGAGCUCCCGGACAACGAGCUGCCCUGGGAGAGUCGUACAGUAGCGACCGCCGCCGCCGUCCGCUCCGUUGGACCGUCAUCACCUCCGAGUGAGGCUCCUGCUGUGCCUCGCAGUGGCGGCGGCGGCUUUACGGUGGAUCCGGAACUUGUGCGGGCGCUGGGCGAUGAGAUCCGCUACCAGCUGACCGAGUUUGAUGCCGACUUCGAUGCAGCUGAUCUGGGUCGGCUCAUCUCCGGAAUGGCUGGACUGUGGCUGGGGCCGGCCGUGGCGGGGGACGAGGAGUACCGCAGGAUCCUCAUGAAAGCUGUGUACGGCAAGACCCGGUCGAUUGUGGACAAGGCCGCUGUGGACUUUGCGCUGUCGCGGCUGCUUCUGGACGACCCGGAGGCGCGUUCCAUGCAUUACGACAGCCGGUGGACGCAUGAGGAGCUGCGGUGGCUGCCGCGGCGUGAGCGCGAUAAGCGGCGCAUCCUGAAGGAGGGCUGGUACCGAACCAA